CAAGACACCCGAUUCACAGUAGUCAGUAAGUGAAACAUGUCUGCCAAUCUCCUCUUCAUAACUCUGCUGGUUGCAACCUCUCGCGUUUCUUCUGAUAUAUUGUCGACGUUCAAAGUACUCCGGUUUACUCAGGAACCAAGUAGUUAUAUACAAUUCAACCCAGAUUUCAGCCAGUACACACAAGCCAUCUCAAUAUGUGGAUGGAUCAAGUCUCUUGGAUCUGCUACCUACCCUACAGUCUUUUACUAUGGUAGCUUUAGUAACGCUGAGCUGACAAUGCUGGAUGAUGGAGGUUACAUCUGUAUAUUUGAUUCCUGUAUGCAAUUGAAGGGCAAGUUCACAGUGAGUAAGAACACGUGGUUUCACACGUGUGUUACAUGGGGGGCCUCGUCCCGCUCUCACAAGUACUACGUGAACGGGCAGAUGUUGGGUUCCCAGCAGACUCCAUCUGGCAGGUUACUGAAAACCGGACAAACACUCACACUGGGAAACUGGAGAGGAGACGAGAGUAACAAAGAGUUCGGAGGAGAAAUGGUUAACCUUAACUUCUACGCUAAAGAACUGACAGCCAGUGAAGUAAAGACAAUGGCAGAUGAUGGGAUGUGUAUCAACAUGGUUGUGGAUCAGCACGAGGAGGUCCGUCUUUUGAAGUGGGAGGAAAUAUUCAAGCAGCCGAGGAGCGGGACUAUCACUGAAGUAGACAUGACAGGAACAUGUGCUGCUUCGGUAAAUACGCUUUAUUCGCAACUGAUGGAGGCAAAAACUAAGCUAAACGAGACUGCUGAGAAGCUUCUGGAAGUUUCAACAAGACUUAAUGAGACAGAGAAAGGACUGGACAGAGCAGUGAAAGAGCUGGAGAAGUACAACAACACCAAGAACAAAUGGGAUUGGAACAUCUUUCUUUCUGAGCAGUUUAUCAACCAGACAGUCUCCCCUGAACAAUCAGAGCAGAUCCGGACUAGUUGGGAUGAUAUUGCACAGAAACUGGUAGGGUUCACAAUAACAGAAGAUCUGAUAAAAUUCUGGAAAAUCGUAGACUGUGUUGAAACUGAAGGUAGGCCCUGGUUCAUGCUCCAAUCUGAAGAUUACCUGAACCAAGUCCUGACACAAGAUCUGGCUCAGCAACUUACUUCCACCUGGGACGGAGUUAGUGAAAGAAUUGCUGGCGUUACCAUGACCAAGGAGUUAGUGGAUCUUCUGAAUUACGUAUCCGAGGAAACUAAUUGUUACUGUGGUGACUGAUAUUGUGUCACGUGUUGUACACUUUAGACGAGGAACAAUCUGAACAAUUUAUAAUGUGAAACUGGAAACUCAGCUAAUUAAAUUAUUUACACUUUACUUAUAUGAUUCGGAUAAUUUUAAACAAUCUUUUAAUGUACUUAAAGCGAUCGAAAACCUUUAUUUAAUCCUGAAUUCGGUUUUUUGUUCUAAAAGAUUAAAGUUGUCUUUAGUAUUGUAAAGCUAGAU